GAGCAGCCGCUGUCCCGAAGCAAACGACGCUCCUCGCCGCACUCUUCGGUCGUCUACGGACCUAGAGUGUUCGUUCUGUUCGUUGUACCGGUGUGGUCAGCGUGUAUCUUUACGUUUUGAUCGACGUGUCGUCGGUGAGAAUCAGUGCGAUCAAGGAAGACAGGAUCAGAAUGUGGCUCGAUCCUCCAGGAGGAGGGUGUAACAUACCCACGUAUCUAACGACGAUGCUACUCUUGGCUGUUCUGGCAUUGACGAACGUGGCUUGCGCCGAGGAUGAAUCCAUGGGACCGGUAUUCGUGAAGGAACCACCAAAUCGAGUCGACUUCUCGAACGGAACCGGAGCUGUCGUCGAAUGCCAGGCAAGAGGAAACCCCCAACCGGAUAUCAUUUGGGUUCGUGCUGACGGAAGCGCUGUUGGGGAUGUUCCCGGACUCAGACAGGUCUUGCCGAACGGAAAUUUGGUCUUCCCCCCUUUCCGCGCCGAGGAUUAUCGUCAAGAGGUUCAUGCUCAGGUUUACAGCUGUCUGGCGCGUUCCCCAGCAGGUUCAGUUCACAGCCGAGAUGUUAACGUGAGAGCCGUGGUCGCCCAAUACUUCGAGGUUCAGGUUUACGAUCAGUUCGCGAUCCGCGGGAACGCGGCGAUUUUCAAGUGUCAGGUUCCAUCGUUCGUCGCCGACCACGUGGACGUAGUGGGAUGGAUCGAUUCGAACGGCGGCAGUUACGUGGCCGAUGGACAGUCGUACGUUGUCGGGCAGCGGUAUGCAGUGAACGUGAUGGACGAACACGUCCUUCGGGGGAACGCCGCAAUUAUCAAGUGUCACAUACCGAGCUUCGUCGCCGAAUUCGUCGAGGUUGACUCUUGGAUCGAAGACGAGACCACUGAAAUAUAUCCUAGCGCCGAUUACGAUGGAAAAUACUUGGUGUUGCCUUCCGGAGAGCUUCACAUUCGCGAUGUUGGACCAGAGGACGGAUACAAAACCUAUCAAUGCCGCACCAAGCAUAGACUGACCGGAGAGACGAGGCUGUCGGCUACCAAGGGACGACUCGUCAUUACCGAGCCGGUGAGCGGCGCGGCGCCCAAAGUACCGGCCACGGCGAAAAUUACCGUCCUCUCUUUGCCCGCGCGCGCUUCCGUGGCGGCGUUGUGUCAGGCGCAGGCGCAUCCCUUGCCGAUCUUCAGAUGGUACAAGUUCAUCGAGGGCUCGUCCCGCCGUCAACCCGUCCAACUGAACGAGCGCGUCCGCCAGGUUAGCGGGACACUGAUCAUUCGCGAGGCACGUGUCGAGGAUUCGGGCAAAUAUCUUUGCAUCGUGAACAACUCGGUGGGCGGGGAGAGCGUGGAGACGGUGCUCACCGUGACGGCGCCGUUGGGAGCGGAGAUCGAGCCGAGCACACAGACGAUCGACUUUGGCAGACCUGCAACCUUUACUUGCAACGUGAGAGGGAAUCCGAUCAAGACCAUCUCCUGGCUCAAGGAUGGGAAACCGCUUGGACUGGAGGAAGCUGUGUUGAGGAUCGAGAGCGUGAAGAAAGAGGACAAAGGGAUGUACCAGUGCUUCGUUAGGAACGAUCAGGAGAGCGCCCAGGCGACGGCAGAGCUCAAACUCGGUGGACGAUUCGAACCCCCGCAGAUUCGCCAGGCAUUCGCCGAGGAGACGCUUCAGCCGGGACCGAGCAUGUUCCUGAAAUGCGUGGCCAGCGGUAACCCGACCCCCGAGAUCACCUGGGAACUCGACGGCAAACGUUUGUCCAACACGGAGAGGCUUCAGGUGGGCCAAUACGUGACGGUGAACGGCGACGUGGUCUCCCAUCUGAACAUAUCCAGCACUCACACGAACGACGGUGGAUUGUACAAAUGUAUCGCGGCUUCGAAGGUCGGCUCGGCGGAGCACUCGGCACGUCUCAACGUCUACGGUCUCCCCUUCAUUCGCCACAUGGACAAAAAGGCCAUAGUAGCCGGUGAAACUCUUCGCGUCACUUGCCCAGUUGCCGGAUAUCCGAUCGAGAGCAUCGUGUGGGAGCGGGACACGAGAGUGCUGCCGAUCAACAGGAAACAAAAAGUCUUCCCCAACGGGACCCUUAUCAUCGAGAACGUGGAAAGGAUGAGCGAUCAGGCUACCUACACGUGCGUCGCGAGAAACGCUCAAGGUUACAGCGCCAGAGGAACGUUGGAAGUUCAAGUGAUGGUUGCGCCGCAGAUCGCGCCGUUCUCGAUCGGUGACGAACCCGCGAAUUGGGGAGAAGCGGUCUCGGCAGUGUGCACCAUCGUAAAGGGGGACCUGCCCAUCGAGCUUGCCUGGGCCCUGAACGGUCAACCUAUCUCGGCCAACAAUCACCCCGAUAUCACUAUAUCGAGCACCGGGAAACGCGUCAGUCUGAUGACCAUCGAGGCUGUGAGCGGCAGCCACGCCGGGGAAUAUACGUGUACCGCCUCGAACGCGGCAGGAGCGACCAGCUAUUCGGCCACCUUGGCCGUAAACGUACCACCACGCUGGAUCCUGGAGCCCACCGACAAGGCAUUCGCUCAAGGCUCUGACGCUCGCGUCGAGUGCAAAGCCGACGGUUUCCCCAAGCCCCAGGUCACGUGGAAGAAGGCCGCUGGGGACACACCGGGCGAUUACACCGACCUGAAAUUGAGCAAUCCGGACAUUAGCGUGGAGGACGGGACCCUGUCGAUCAACAACAUUCAGAAGACGAACGAAGGCUACUAUCUCUGCGAGGCUGUGAACGGGAUCGGCGCGGGACUCUCGGCUGUUAUCUUCAUCUCGGUUCAAGCCCCGCCCCACUUCGAGAUCAAACUGAAGAACCAGACCGCGCGACGAGGGGAGCCGGCCGUGUUGCAAUGCGAGGCCCAAGGCGAGAAACCGAUCGGCAUCCUCUGGAACAUGAACAACAAGAGGCUGGACCCGAAGAGCGAUUCCCGUUACACGAUCCGGGAGGAAAUAUUGGCGAACGGCGUGCUGUCCGACCUGAGCAUCAAGAGAACCGAGAGAAGCGACUCGGCCCUCUUCACCUGCGUGGCGACCAACGCUUUCGGAAGCGACGACACGAGUAUCAACAUGAUCGUGCAAGAGGUACCCGAGGUUCCGUACGGUUUGAAGGUGUUGGACAAAUCCGGACGCUCGGUUCAACUUUCCUGGGCGGCGCCCUACGACGGGAACAGCCCGAUCAAGCGCUACGUGAUCGAGUACAAGAUCAGCAAAGGCUCGUGGGAGACCGAUAUCGACAGAGUUCUGGUGCCCGGAUCCCAGCAGAACGUAGCCGGAGUGUUCAAUCUCAGACCCGCCACCACCUACCACCUCAGAAUCGUGGCCGAGAACGAAAUAGGCGCGUCCGACCCGUCCGACACGGUCACCAUAAUCACUGCCGAGGAGGCGCCCAGCGGCCCGCCAACCUCCAUCCGCGUCGACGACCUCGACCAGCACACCCUCAAGGUAACGUGGAAACCGCCCCCUCGCGAGGAUUGGAACGGCGAGAUCCUUGGAUACUACGUCGGCUACAGGCUCUCCUCCUCCGAGAAACCGUACAUGUUCGAAACCGUGGACUUCUCGAAGGAGGACGGAAAGGAGCACCACCUGCAGAUCAUGAACCUGAAGACGUACACCCAGUACAGCGUGGUCGUGCAAGCGUUCAACAAAGUGGGAUCGGGGCCGAUGAGCGAGGAGCGGAGGCAGCACACCGCCGAGGGCGUACCCGAGCAACCCCCUCACGACACCACUUGCACCACCUUGACCUCCCAGACCAUCAGGAUCUCCUGGAUGUCGCCCCCCCUUAGCGCCGCGAAUGGAGUCAUCACCGGAUACAAGGUCAUCUACGGACCCUCCGACACCUGGUACGACGAGAACACCAAGGACACCAAGAUCACCUCCUCGAGCGAGACCAUUUUGCACGGAUUGAAGAAGUACACGAACUACAGCAUGCAAGUCUUGGCUUUCACUUCUGGCGGAGACGGUGUCAAGUCCGCGCCCAUUCACUGCCAAACCGAGCAGGACGCCCCCGAAGCGCCUAUCGCGAUCAAGGCUCUCGUCAUGUCGUCCGAAUCGAUCCUGGUUUCGUGGAGGCCACCCAGCCAACCGAACGGCGUCAUCACCCAGUACACCGUUUACACGAAGGCGGACAACGCGGAGGAGCCGAGCAGCCAGAAGGUGCCGCCCAAUCAGCUCACCCACGAGGCGUCCGAAUUGGACAAGACGCGCAGAUACGACUUCUGGGUGACCGCGAGCACGAACAUCGGCGAGGGAGAGGCUUCCAAGAUCGUCGCACUGGCGCCCAGCGUUCGAGUACCGGCGAAGAUCGCGUCGUUCGACGACAAAUUCACGGCCACCUACAAGGAGGACGUGAAAUUACCCUGCUUGGCCGUCGGCGUGCCCGCGCCCGAGGUGACGUGGAAAGUGCGAGGCGCCGUGCUCCAAUCCAGCGACAGACUGCGACAAUUGCCCGAAGGAUCCCUGUUCAUCAAGGAAGUGGACCGCACCGACGCCGGGGAAUACUCUUGCUACGUGGAAAACACGUUCGGCCACGACACCGUCACCCACCAGUUGAUCGUGCACGCUCCCCCUCACUCGCCCCAAAUCACCCUCACCGCGACCACCACCAACUCGCUGACGAUGAAGGUGCGCCCUCACCCCCAGGACAACGCCCCGAUCCACGGAUACACGAUCCACUACAAGCCGGAAUUCGGCGACUGGGACACGGCGCAGAUCAGCUCCACGGUGCAGAAGUACACUUUGGAGAAUUUGUUGUGCGGCUCGAGAUACCAGAUCUACGUAACCGCGUACAACGGAAUCGGAACCGGCGACCCAUCCGACAUGCUCAACACCCGCACCAAAGGCUCGAAACCGAUCAUCCCCGAGGCGGCAAGGUUCAUCGAGGUGGCGACGAACAGCAUCACUCUGCACUUGAACGCGUGGUCCGACGGCGGCUGCCCCAUGAUCUACUUCGUGGUCGAGCACAAGAAGAAGAACCAACAGGAAUGGAACCAGGUGUCGAACAACGUUAAACCGGGCGGCAACUUCGUAGUUCUGGAUUUGGUCCCUGCCACGUGGUACCACUUGCGCGUCACCGCCCACAAUAACGCUGGGUUCGCGGUUGCCGAGUACGAAUUCGCAACGCUGACCGUAACCGGAGGUACGAUCGCGCCCCCCGUGCGGAACGGCGAUAACGACAGCACGGACGUGAGGCGUUAUUUCCCUUGGUUGCCCGGCUGGCUGGACGUGAACGUGGUUGUACCGGUCGGAGCGACGAUCGUCGUCAUUAUUGUAGGGAUAGUGGUGAUUUGCGUCGCAUUGUCUAGGAGAACUCGGGGCCCGGAGCAAACGCGGCUGCGAGGUAUCUCAUCAGCCGACGAGAAAUAUUACGAGGGACAAUACGACGUGGUUUACCAACAAACCGGAGUAGGCGGAGCAACCCUGGACAAACGAAGGCCCGAUCUGCGCGACGAGCUUGGAUACAUCGCCCCGCCCAACCGUAAAUUGCCCCCUGUUCCCGGAUCCAAUUAUAACACCUGCGAUCGCAUCAAGCGAGGUACAGUGAUAAGUGGGACAGGCUCGAUAAGAAGCCACUCGACGUGGGAUCCAAGACGACAUAUGUACGAAGAAUUGAAUCAUUGCGCGCCGAACCGAAGAUGUCCACCGCCACCUCGUAUGGGCAGUGCCGAGGGUCUAUCCCACAGAGGCAUGGAAGACGAGAUCUGCCCCUACGCCACCUUCCACCUUCUUGGAUUCCGCGAGGAGAUGGACCCCAGCAAGGCCAUGCAAUUCCAGACCUUCCCACACCCAGGCAACGGACACUCGGGCACCAUGGGGCCACCCGUUGGCCAUCCCACCAACGCUUCCGCCCACAGCCGCUCCGGAUCUCAAUCCAUGCCGCGUCAAAACGGUCGCUACUCCCGAGUCCCGUCCCAAGGAGGCGGCAGCGGAACCCACAACGUCUUCUCCCCCGAGUACGACGACCCGGCCAACUGCGCGCCCGAGGAGGAUCAAUACGGCUCCCAGUACGGACAGUACGGCGCUCCCUACGACCACUACGGAUCCCGCGGCUCGGUUGGACGUCGCAGCGUAGGGUCGGCCCGCAAUAUCCCCGUCUCUGGAUCACCGGAACCGCCCCCACCCCCGCCAAGGAACCACGACCAGAACAACUCGAGUUUCAACGACAGCAAGGAGAGCAACGAGAUCAGCGAGGCGGAGUGCGAUCGCGACCAACUCGUGAACCGCAACUACGGCGUGAAUGCUCGCGGCAAGGACGGCAUGACCACCGAGGAGAUGCGUAAACUCAUAGAGAGAAACGAAGCCCCCAGCCGGCAAACCGGCUCCGGCCACGGCGGUCACGGGGGACUCCUCACACCCUACGAUACUGUGGCAGUGUAACCUGUAAAUCAUCCUCCGUGGUCUUCCGUCUCUCUCUCUCUCUCUCUCUCACUCACUCACUCACUCUCUCUCUCACGCUCUAUCUAUCUCUCUUUCUCUCUCUCUCCGUCACCAGCGGCCGAAGAACUCGAGAGAAGCGGACAAGAGUGCGCAACGCCGACUCUUCCCCCGGUGCUGUCGUCGGUCCAAAAUUGCAACGAUUUGUAAUGAAGAAGUAAUAAUCCAUCGAUCGCGUCGAUAGAUAUAAAUAUAAGAUAGAUAGUUAGAUAGAUUCGGCCCACAUUAGUUAUACGGCGGGGCACACUCGUCGCGGACGUUUUCGCAUAACGGGACGAUCGAUCGACCAAUGUAAUUAAUGAACGGCGACGAUAUUUGCCUCCCGAAGGGACGGACGGACCAGUCUCCUUCGUCUUCGACCAUUCUUUCCUUCCUUCCAAACUGUUUUUUGGCCUUUUUCCUAAUUAUACAUCUCGCGCCUUUUCUCUCGUACUCACGUAUACACUCACUCGUUCUUGCUCAAUAUUGUCCACAUCGGAAUAUUUGGAAGGCCAGAUUUAGAUAAAGAAACUGCCAAAUCUAUUGACUGCCGAUCCAGGCGAAGGGAUAAUCGCUGCUCUCGAGGGGGCAAGAUACCGUUUCCGUCGUUUCCUCUGCGUUAAUUCUGUCCUGAACGAAGUGUCCUGUCGCGAAGAAAGAAAGAAAGAAAAAAAAAAAAGAAGAAGAAAGAAAGAGAAACGAACAUACCCGGCGUGUUCGUCCAUGUCGAAAAAACGCUCUCGGCUAGAAUCCGGCCCGCGACGCGUGCUCUCGGCGACGGUGCGUUUCAACGAGGGGAGGGGGGAGGGGAAGGGGAGGGGAUUGUUUGGCGGGAUGUCCUAGGUUACGAAUUGUCGCUUCCAAGCGCCCCCACGAGUCACGGGAAGUACACACGAGAUAUACAUUAGUUACUCGCUUUUUAAGUCAUGGUUGUGCCACACUGCCGCUCCCCGCAGGCAUAUGAUAUUAUACAUAUACAUACAUACAUAUAUAUGAUAAUAUUAUACAUAUAUAUACGAUUUAUAAUUUCGUAACGAAGGUUGUGUCCCUGUCUUUUGGUGAUCGACGAUCUUUUGAGUCUCGACGUCGCGGAGAGCAAGUCUAGAGUGCACUGUUUUUGCGACAGUGUCGCAGAGAGUGCGUCGUCGUCGUCGUAGCGAUAGUUAAGAGACCAGGUCGCAUCCGAUGCCGUGGUGGCGUCCAAUCGAUAAUUUCUUCCGCCGCGCGUAUCACGCGAUGAGUAAAAAAAAAGAAAAAAAAAAGAAAAAAAAGAAUAAAAAGAAGAAAAAAAGGAAAAAAAAGAGAAAAAAGGAGAGAGAAAAAAGAAAAAAAAAAAGAAAAGAAAAGGAAGAGAAAAAUUCCUCAACAAACAUUUCUUUUAGAUCGAUCGACUUUAUCCGUAGGAAGAAAAACGCGGCACCCUAGAUCACAGAACACCGAUUUCAACGAGAACGUCGAGGUUGAGCACAUCGCAACAUUUUUACAACACGUCAUACAGGUUAAAGGGAGAGAAGAUUAAGGCGCAAGCAACACACCACGCUCGCUGUCGAUUUUUUAAUCGUCCUAUAUGAUAUAUUUAGUCCGCUGUACACACACAUAUAUUCGCAAGCUAAUCUCGAUCAAUUAUGAACGUACGUGAAUUUAACGAUAUGACAUGCGACGAUGAUAUUAUACGUGUAAGCAAUUCGAGCAACAAAUACCGAUUUAAAAUAUAAGUAGGACAUAAGUCGGACGGAUGGUCGCGAGAUCCGCCGUUUCUCUUUCGUUGAAUGGCGACGCGUCGAUGAUACGUGAAAUGGAUAAAUGCAACAAGAAAAAAAAGAAAAGAAAGAAAGAAAAAAGAAAAAAAGAACGUCGACGAAAAUCGUAGAAGAAAAAAAUUUAAAAACAUUCGUGUUACAUUCGAACUUGUUACAUCGAUGCGAUGCCAGGAUACGGUUACGGCGCGUGUCUCAUAGUUCGUUUUUAUCACAACACUAUUUAGAUAUAAAAAAAUAUAUAAAUAUAUAAAUAUAUAUAUAUAUAUAUACAUACAUUGACGUUCAUAUACAUACGUUGUAAGUAGGUAUGUCUAGAUGUCGCAUUUAUUUGCCGAGGCGAUGCACGAGUGGUACACCAGUCGAGCAUGAUCACGGUCAAAGGAUGUCUCUUCGUUGACGACGAGAUAUCGCCGGGAUACUUUGACCGUGAAUUCGUAAUCCGUUUUAUCGAAAAGGUCCGCAUAUAUCGCUGGCUACGAUUCCGCUCGCCAAAGCACUUUUCAUCGAUGUGAUUUUAAAGGCUGCGCAAAGUCUCGUGUCUCGUGUAUGUGUUACGAUCGCGCUCUACCACAUUAAUGUAGCCAUAUCCAACUCACCUUUUACGAUGUAUAUCACGUUUUACUCACGUAACGCUCGCGGAGCUUUUCGCUUUGAAGCUUUGGAACUUAACGCGAAUAAAAGAGAAAUCGAAAGAUAUUUAACUUAUUCGAUAUUAGCCGUACGAUCGAUCUCGCCGCACACGCGUGUGAUCGUUGAUAUUAAGUAAGGGAAGAAGAAGAAAAAAAAAGAACAUGAAAAACGAAAGAAAAAAACGUGAUGUCCGCGGAUUGUCGUAUAGCUUUCUUCUAUUAAUCGAUUGGGAAUAUUAUCUGUUUAUCGUUAUAUUUUGUGUGAUCGAUCUGGUAUCGCUUCUAUUUGCAAGGUUUAACGUUACUUCUUUUUUUUAUAAUGCUGUGAAACGGUCGGUGCCGCCGUCCGCGUUAUACGUAUAUGUUAUGCUUUGUUCAUUGAAGAUAUUGGAUGUCCAUUUUUGUGCAACGACGAGGCGGUUCUUCGAGCUUCUCUUUCGGCGGGGCGCGUAUCGUUAUCUUUUUCGGUUGCAAGCAGACUCGGGACAUUUCGUAAUUAGUACCCUGUGUUGCGCUCACAAUGUCAGUGCUCGCCUUUAAAUUGGCUGUAAGUUCAUAUUCUCGUACAACGAUACUCGUAUUUCUCCGCGUUCGUAGGGACUCGAGGAUCCGCUCGCAAUACACCGUUUCCUCAGUACCACUAUUUUAUGUUUUUGUACCAAAGUCGUAGUAGCGUCUAACUUUACGUUAAAUAAAUAAAACCAAAAAAAAACAAAAAAAACAAAAAAAAACAA